AGUGGUGAAGGAGCAGCCCUUGUCUGUAGGAGUAUAACUUCAUUUGUCUCUAGUAACUUUCAGUCUUUCUCUGGAAAUCUUCACUCUGUCACCAUGUCUGUGUUGCUGCUGCUGCUCAUCACCGGUGCUCAAGCUGCUUAUCACGGUGCCGUCAUUACCAACUAUUUUGGAGACGUUCGGCCCUUUGUACUAACAUAUCACAUUAAGGAGAGCGGCAGCUCAUGUGAAGAGGUCGACAUUUGGCAGUGUGGUGGAAACUGCACCACUCCACCAUUUUAUGCAAUUGAUGAAAGCAGGAAUGAAUGGUGUCAAAAAACACAAAUUCUUAUUUUCACUAAUUACGGCCCAAGAACAUUUACAUUCAUUUUUGGGGUUGGUUCUUCAAAUUGGAUAGAAAACAGAAAUGGGAUUGUAACACCGUUAAUAAGAAUAAGCAAUGACUUCAGAAACCGUUCUGACAUCAACAAACCAAACUCAACACCGCAGACCACCAUCCUCCCUCUAGUCAGAGUUCCUUCAAACUGUCAGAGAAACAUCAACCUGUUGGUCUUUGACCCAGAUGGAGACGACAUCAGAUGCAGAUAUGCAGCUGGUCCAGAGUGCAACAUCUGCACGCCUCCGUCUGUCCUCAAUGUCUCAUCUUCUUGUUCUCUGUCAUUCAGACCCACUAACAGCAGCAAUAAAGGUCCAUAUGCGGUUCAGAUGAUGGUGGAGGAUUUUCCCAGGCAAACCAUCACUCUGACUGAUGGCUUUACUGGUGCUCAGGAAGUGAAAACUCCCAGCAUCGCCAUCGGCAGCAUCCCACUCCAGUUUGUUUUCACAGUGGAUCCUGCAGCUCCGUCCUGCACAGCAGGUGAAUAUCUGCCCAGGUUUCUGCCUCCAACUCCACAACAUGGAGCUCAGAUCCUCACCAACGUUAACCAGACUCUGGAAAUCAGCGUCAGAGCAGAAGCAACCCAGGCUGACAUCUCUGAGCUCCUGGUCAGCGGACCGCCAGGUGUAACCAAGAGUUCAUCAGGAUCAGGAAACUUCACCCUGACAUGGAAACCAAUCGAUGGAGACGGAGGACUGAACUACGCUCUCUGCUUCGUUGUUCAAGCAAACUCCUCCGGCGCUGUGUACCAGUCUGACCUUCGAUGCGUCUUUGUGACGACUGGAAACACAACUGUUUCCCGCCCGACAACAAAUACAACUACGCUGACAACAACAACAACCAACCAACCCACCGCAACAACUGAACCUCCUCUGUCCUCAACCCCAAACGCAACACCAGAGCCAGGACCAUAUCAUGUUUUGGCUCUGGAUGUAAUGAUCUCAACAACACUGUCAAUGGAGACUGAUUCUGCAACCAUCAUGAACCUGAUCAAAGAGGAGCUGAAAAGACAAGGACUGCCUUCUGACAUAACCCUAAAGCUGCUGAGAAGCACUUUACUGGGAGUUACAACUCCCGCCCCCUAGUGGCUAAAAUGAGAAUAUUCUGAUCUAUGCAGGAAAAUGUGUUUUCCAUAACUUCUCAUCUGGUUCAUGGGGUAAAAUUUAUCUUAAAGAAUGUAAAUUAAAAUGUAAUAAUAUUGUGUUGAAUAUGAGUAAAUACUGUAAAGUCAUUAUGUUCUCAUUCAUCAUUUCUAAUUGUCAAUGAAAGCAAACACAAUAAAAUGAAAUGCC